UCACUCAUAAACUCAAAAAAAGUGUUUGCACAAAGCCUUCAAUUCCGAAUUCUUUUGCUUCCUUAUAUAACACACACAAAACCAAAAAAAAAAAAAGGAACCUGAAAGACGUAUUUCCUAUCACUCUUCCUCUUCUGAUCAUCAAAAAAUCAUAAAUUUCACAAUACCCACAUCAAGAUUUGCCCCAAAUCGCCUUCUUCCUUCUGAUUUCACCCCAAAUUGCAGUGAUCAUGGAAAGGUGGAGAAGAAAGGGUGAUAAAUGUAAUCAAGAAGUUGCUAGAACAAAGUUUAAUUAUCAUAACAGAAAACCGCCUGUUGGUGGGAAUUCAAACUGGCAUCCGAAUGUUCCCUUCUGGGAGAAAAGAUUCGUCUCGUUAGUUGGAUCCUUUUCAUGGAGAAAGUUCUUGGAAGCAAAGGAAUUCACGUAUCUCUACGACAACGUAAUGAAGUGGGACGAUCGUGCAGGAGAAGUAGCAUUCCGCACAGCAAAAGAAACAUUCUUUGCAAAAUUUCAUGGUCUUCCCUGUGACGAACAAUUUCAUGAUCCAGACAUGUACAUCGACAAAAUCGAUUGGAAUGCUCAAGUGGAUCAUAAUCUAAUACAAGAUCUUGAGUCUGAACGUGUGGCUCCUGCUGACGCUAGCCACCAUGAACCUGUUGUUAUCUUUGAGGAUGUACUCCCGGACCCGUAUAAAGAUUACUCGCCUUAUGGCUGGGGCGAUAGUGAUCACGAGGACAUCAACAAAGAUCAAAAUGUGAUUAAUUGGGAUGAUUAUAUAGAUGACGGGAAGAUUAUUUGGGAUACCGGUGAUGUUGGGGGCGGUAACAAUUGGUGGGGUUGGAAUGAAAAUGAUAAUAAAACAGGCGAUCAAGGUUGGAAUACAAACGGUUAUGAAGUGGGUGAUCAAGGUUGGAAUACAAACCGUUAUGAUGGUAAUAAAGCGGGCGAUCAAGGUUGGAAUACAAGCGGUUAUGAUGAUAAUAAAGCAGGAGAUCAAGGAUGGAAUACAAACGGUUAUGAUGGCAAUAAUAAUUACUAUGGGUAUAGCAAUGUGAAUGACAACAGGUACAUGUCGAGUCACAAAACAUGGAGGUCUCAUGGGAAUAAUAAUAAUAAUAAUAAUCACAGAAGGAACAACGGGAAUUGGAGGAGGUCAACCGGUCAACGUCAUGAGAGUCAACAUGGGUCAACUUUUCAUGCGCGUGGAAGUCAACGCGUUCGUGUGCACCAGUGAGUCCUAGUUUCACCAGGAUGAGUUGCAGAUGAUUUUUCAUAGGGGAAUCCCAGUUUUUUUUUAUUUUUUUAAUAUUUUUGCUAGUCUGUUCUUUUUGGAAUCUUUUUGAGGUUGGUUCUGGUAAUGAUAGAUGAAUGUGGGAGAGUUUGAAUAGUAGUUUUGCAUGUGUUGGUUACCUUUUGGUAACUAGUUCUUUUUUAGUA